AUGAGGUAUGUGGUAUUUUCCUCUCUCUCCUCUCUCUCGUUCACUUCACUGACACUUACACACACACCACAUCACAAACACUCGAGUGUCAUUAGUGAUCAGCAACACAUUGUUGAUGCAAGAUACUCUGGAGGAAUAGAUACAGUACAUCAGGAUGACUUUACAAAUGUAGUUGAGCUCAAUCAGUUGGCCUACACAUCUUCUACAACGACAACAUCAUCAAACAGUAGUAUCAAUAGUUCAAGGUCAUUGCUGAACACAAACAAGAAGAAGAAGAAAAAGAAUACAAUAAGGAAUAAUGCAAUCCUGACGAUAAAUAAUGGUGAUGACGACGACGACGAUGAUGAUGAUGGAAGCGAUGAUAGUGGCUCAAACAAUGACUCCAUGCCUUUGACCUCAUCAAUUGAUGGACUGCGGACAACAAUUGCCAACACACUAAGUAGCGGUAAUGGAGGUGGCAGAGGCCUUGGAAUCAGUACUAGUGGCACCUCCAACGUCAAGUACCAACAACUUAGCAAGAUAGAUCCAACUCUCAGGAAUGACAGUGAUGACGAUGAUAGUCUGGGCCGACGCAGUCCCUUUUACAGACGUAGUUCUGCGGCCACCCGUAGACGUCGUUCGGCUGUCAGCCAAUCCAUACCCCAGUCGAUUGGGAGCUCACUAAAGGCGGCCACGCACUUUGUUCGCUACACUUUGAUGGCAGAUGUCAAUGUAGCUAUGCGCUACGUACAUAACAGCAGCAAGAAGAACGUCAAGAGCAUAGUCAUGGGUCUUAUCACCGUAUUACUCGUGGUCACCUUUAUCUCAUUCCUACAGAACCUGAUUCAGAACUCACCUGUAGUAUUCCUCAAGUUGUCAGAGGACCAGGCCGGUGAACUCGACCUGGUACUGACGGGCGACCCAACCUCAUUCACUACCACCAACUCCACUCUGCAAGCAACACAUGGCCUUACCGCACCAACUCCCUCUCCUCUCGAUGCACUGAGCAAAUUCAGUCUUUCACCUUUCCUCAUCAACUCUACAAUGCUCACCCAAAAGCUGAGCAACGCAGAUAUGGUUCACGGCGUAGCACCUCGCUGGACAACGAUCGGUGACAUCCAAUCACCAGUGACCAACAUCACAUCUUCUUUGAUUAUGCUCGUCAUCAACUCAACACUAGAGAAACAGCUUGGUUUGGGCCGUGGUUGGAACUUACCUCCACUCAUUGGCAACCAGGCACACUUCUCCAGCGCCUUCCUUCGUCGUCUUCAGGUGGAACCAAACAAGAAUCAAACAGUCAAUAUGCAUGUCGACUUUGUAGAUGUAAUGGAACGCAUGGGCGCUGUUGACUCGAUUCCCACUCUGGCCUACAUCGAAGCGAUGAUCUCAAAUAUCACUGGUGGACCGAUAAUGAACCAGAUCAACAUUGGACCAAUCGUCACCAUUCUCUCGUUCAGCGAUCCAAACAUUGUACAGCAACUUAAGGAACUUCUGGGUGAUGGUAUAAGCAGUGACGGCAAGACCUUGUACCCAUACGUAGUCAUUCAGAACACCUACGGCAUGAUCAGACAGCAGCUCAUUAUUGAUAGACAGCUGGUGGUCGUUGAUGGCAUUGACUCACCAGGUGGAAAGUAUCCCUCGUCAUUGGGUAAUGUUGCCGUGUUGGAGAGUGCCUUUGUGAAUGAGGUUCUACGCGAUCGAUUCAUGGAGAUCUACCAAAAGACAAGUCAGAACCUCACUUUCAUUGAAAGUCUCCUAAAGGUUGUAGUGCCCAUUGCCUAUCCACAGAUCAACGUCACUCAAUUGAUCAAUCAGAUCAAUGUCAUGCAGUCCAAUCUAAAAACGUUCGCCACCAAUUUCAAUCUCAAUGAAUACUCAAUGACACCAGUAGUCAUGUUACAGAAUCGUGUAAAGAUAUACACAUCCAGUGAUGAUGAUCUAAAGAAAUCAAUGAUCGCCUUCACCAAUCAGGUGGCAAUGUAUAUUGGCUACAACUAUCAGGCACUUUACACAACGCCCCUGUCCUCUGCAUUGUACAUGUUCCGUUAUACAAGGCUCUCAUUAGAUCAGAUCUUUAAUUGUGUGGCCGCAGUACUACUGGUGCUUGGUGCACUCAUGAUCUACAGUCUGCUGCUGAGCGAUGUCGAGGGCAAGACCUUUGAAUACGGAAUGCUGCGAGCACAGGGCAUGCGCCACUACUCUCUCAUCAUUCUUCUGUUGACCCAGGCUCUCUACUUUAGCAUUCCAGGCAUCCUCUUUGGGCUCCUCUUUGGCUGGGUGUGUUUUGCAAUUGUAGCUCACUUUGUCUACCAAUUCGCAAUCCUGCCCGUCAACCUUACAUACUACACUGUUGCGGUGUUGUCUGGUGCCCUAAUGGGCUUCUGUCUGCCAAUCCUAGCCAACAUUGCCCCAAUCCAGCGAGCUCUCAGUCGUACAUUGCGUGACGCCCUCGACGUCUAUCACCAGGUCAAGAAUGAAACUAUGGUCAAGAUCAUGAAGUUGGAAGAGGUCGGCUUUGACCCAUUGCAGACUGUGCUGUCCAUCCUGUCUGUCGUCGUCGGCUUCACGGUAUACUACCUUAUCCCAUACUCGUUCACAUUCAUGAACAUGUCGCUCUUCUUUGGCAUCCUCACAGGUAUCCUACUUGGCAUGCUUUUUGGACUUGCAAUGCUGGCACAAGCACUGCAAUCGCUACUUGAACGCUUCAUUACCUUCUUGAUGAUCUGGGGCCCUGAUCGACGUAACCUCUAUGGAAUGGUGCGCAAGAACCUUUCAUCCCAUUCAUCUCGCAACUCAAAGACAACGACCAUGUUCACCAUCUGUUUGACGUUCAUCAUUUUCACUGGCUGUGUCUUCAAACUGCAAGGUCACAACAUUCAAGAGUUGGUCAAACUGGGCGUUGGAUCAGACAUUGCCGUUCUCUCUUACAACUCAAAGUUCCCCAUACCAGAGGAUGACAUCCGUGCCUUCUUGGACAAUGAGAUCGUCAACAAUAGCAAGACGACCGCCGUAGAUGGAUACUCAUUCGUCACAUUCCCACUGGAUAAGGUUAUGAACAUCAGAUCAACCAACCUUAACACCUUGGCACACUACCCAUCGGCUCCAGUGCGUAUCUAUGGCGUGGAAAAGAAUCUACUUCAGACUGCAUUCAUCGACUUUUACAACGUAAAAGAGACCAACAGUCGACUCAGUUUCCCAAAGAUUGGUAACAAACCCGAUGUCGUACAGAGUCUCUACAGCAAUGCUCACCGAGACACCAUCCCUGAUGAUCCCAACGGUGUUAUCAGCCCUCCACCAUCUGUCAUCUCCAACAACAGUCAGUUCUAUAACUGGGUGGGCGAGACUGUAAUCCCCAACGAUUACAUCUAUGUAAACUACACAGACAUGGUCAUAUCCAAUGCAUUCAGACUCUAUGUUGGUGCCACCACCGACACACCCUUCAACAUUGACGUUGAGUACAAGAAGGUUGCCGACGGUAGCUCAGCCACGAUCAGUCUUCUAGGCAAGCCCCAAUCAAUGGUAUCCAUGUUCCCAGCUUUCUUCUUCUCCAGCUACUCAGCUACUGUCUUCCGCUCGCCUGUUCUCAUCAACAUGGAACAGUUCAAUCAAACACUUCAAAUCAUAGCCAACUCCACUGUAGACGGCAGCGCCAUCGUGCCCAACCAAAUUCCCAAGUCUAAAUUGCUUGUGCGACUAAAGGCUGGCACUGAUCAGUCGGGCCGAGAGUUUGUGGUCAAUGGCAUUAAGAACUUUAUCAAGUCCAACACUGUACAAGUACUAGACACAGCCUUCCUUCUGGAAACGACCGACACUGCCAUCACUUUGUUGAAUAUCUUCUUCUACACCGUUUCAAUCACGUCGAUCAUACUGUGCUUCUUCAUGCUCUGGGUAUCAUUCUCUUCCAACAUCCACGAGAACUCUUGGGAGUUUGGAGUGCUUCGUGCCAUCGGUCUAACUGCUUUCCAAGUCAAACGCAUCUAUAUCUACGAAUCACUGGUGCUUAUCUUUUGCUCAGUCAUUUUGGGCCUUCUCAUCGGUCUGGGCGUAGCGGUCACAUUGACUCUGCAGUUCGACCUGUUCACCCAGCUUCCAUUCUCCUUCCAGUUCCCAUACUUUUGGUUCUUUGGCGUGUUUGGAGCAUCAAUCAUCAUGGCAAUCGUUGUCUCCCAUCAAGCCUCCAAGGAGUACUCUGUGAGACCAAUCGCAUCCGUACUAAAGGGUAAAUAA